AUGUCAGCUGAUAGUCUUAACUCAAUAACUCGACCUAUCCCCAAACCAUCUGAUUUUAAAUUUGGUAAAGAGAUUGGACAAGGUACCUUCUCAACUGUUUAUGUUGUCCAAGAAAUUUCAACAAGUUCAGAAUUCGCUAUGAAGGUUGUUGAUAAACAACGUGUUUGGCGUUACAAGGCUGUGGACUCUGUACUGAUGGAGAAAGAAGUACUUAAACGCACAAACCAUGUUUUCAUCAUUCGUUUACAUUGCACAUUCCAAGACUCUACUAGGUUAUUUUAUCUUCUUGAAUAUGCAAGAUGUGGAGAACUAUUGUCAUACCUUACUUAUUUCACGUCCUUGAGUGUUCACUGUACUCGCUUCUAUGCUGCAGAAAUCUUUGCAGCCCUAGAUUAUUUACAUUCAAUGAGUAUAGUUCAUCGAGACCUAAAGCCGGAAAAUGUUUUGUUAACAGAUAAAAUGCACAUCAAGCUGGCCGAUUUUGGAUCAGCUGUUAUACUAAACUCUCCAAAUAUUAAAGCACCUAGUUUUACUGGAACUCCAGAAUACGUUAGUCCUGAAAUGCUUUCUCGUAUUUCUAGACAAGGUGAUUGUACUCCAAAUAGUGAAAGCUCACAGGAUCUUACUUAUCUAAUGGACUUUUGGGCAUUCGGGUGUAUAAUUUAUCAGUUGAUUUCUGGAUCCUCUCCGUUCCGAAAAAGUGGUCCUGUCCAUGAAUAUGAAACAUUUCAGAAAAUUUUAAGUUUAUCUUAUACAUUUGCCCCAAAUUUUGAUCCGAUUGCAAAAGAUUUGGUGGAAAAACUACUUGUAAUCAGUCCCAGUGAACGCCUUGGUAGUCCUUCCCAUGGUGGGUCCAUAUCUGUUCGUCGACAUAUGUUUUUCUCUGAAAUUAAAUGGGACAUCUUGCCGUACCAAGAACCUCCUUUACUAGUUCCAAAUUUGGAACCAAUUGCUCCUGAGGGUUGGGAUAAUCUGCCUGUUGGUUUUAAAGAAGCAGAGAAAUAUCACUUGUCGCGUGAACUCGGUUUGUCUCCCUCUCAAAUAACUGAAGAUGAUCGUAUUCGUUUAUUAAAUGCACAAGGAAAGCACAAUCCUUUCAAUCGUUUCGUUCGUGGUCGUUUAAUUUUAAAACAAGGCAUAUUGUUUAAGCGUCGAGGAUUGUUUGCAAGAAAGCGGAUGUUUUUACUAACGGAAGGACCUCAUCUCUUUUAUAUCGAUGUUGAAAAUAUGACACUUAAAGGAGAAGUUGCAUGGUCCGAUUCGUUAACUGUUGAAUUGAGAAGUAACAAAUUAUUUUUUAUUCAUGUUCCAAAUAAAACAUAUUAUUUAGAAGACCCUUCUGGUCACGCUGACGAUUGGGUAAAACAAAUAACAUCCGUCAGAGCGCGAUAUUUUAAAGAUACUCAAACUUUAUGUUCAAAUGAUCCGAGCACCUCUAUCGAAUUAAGCAUUUAAUCUCGUAAAACUCUUCAGACAAACGACUUAUUUUUUUGUUCAGUUAGGAAUGUGAAAAAGAAAAAUAUUGUUUAUGUUGUGUUAAGAAUCAUUUUAAAAUGUGUACACUAAAUUGUUAUUUAGUGUUACCGAAUUUAAUCAGUUUUGUACAGUCAGAAUUUAUAUAUAUUAGCUUACUGCUUUUUCAUUUUUAUCUCGUUCAAAUUGCUUGUUGCUUGCCUGAUAUUUUAUUAUACGUGUGAAUUUAUUUUUUAAAAUAUUAAAGAUUCCCAUUGUGAACGCGUCGAUUAUAUAAAUAGUUGUCAAUUUUUACGUUAACUAAUUAAAGUUACGUAUAGAGAAAUUGUGUCAUUUGGUAAACUUAAUUUUCAAACUUAAUGAUAUGAGAGUGCAAUGUACUAUACUGUUUUUAUUAUUAAUCGUUAAAUAUUGAUCUUGAAGAAAGAAAAAAGGCCGCUAUUUCGAAUCGGUGUGAAUCUUUUAGAUAUAACUAGCGCCUCUGUUACAAAGAUCGCCUCUAAUCUGUUAGAGAUUUUCAUUAAAUGGGACAUAAUACUAUAUCGUUCUUAGAUGAACGAAAUCACUUAACAAUACUAUUUUUUUCGAGAACUUGGUGCUGCCCACACAGCUACUCUAGACAGUUUGACCAUGUAUAAAAAGCAGAUGUUUUACAACUAGCUAGCCUCUUAAAGAACGACACUUGUGUUUACGGAUUCCCGAUGUUACUGGAGAUACAUUGGGUUCUGUUCGAGAUACGUGAGUGGUUUUCUUUCUCCGAUUCCUCCCAUUGUGGAAACAUACCUCGUUGAUUAAUUCACCUGAGAAUGUAAUUUCAGAGCCUGACAAACAACCGCCUUACGACUUUUGUGAAUAGUUUUGAAUGUAUUAGCUCCAUACUUUUCAAACCUUACGGGCGAUGAUGGAAAUCCAUGUGCUGUUUUAAUUGCUGAAGUUUCCUCUCUUCACUUCCAUGGGAAAGCAACAUCUUUGGAGAUGGUGGCUCAUUCAUAAGAAAUCUCACUAUGUCAUCGUACCCCUAAUACAUUCACCAGUACAAGUUACCGUCGAACUCUAAGUUUGGUGCUUUCAGUCUUAACAAUCUUUAACCAAUCUGCCUAAUUUGAUAAAACCUCAAGAAGUGAAUAUUCAACUCAGCAUAGCUCGAUUAAGUCAUUAUGAUACCCAAAAGUCAGGGUGGUAGCUCCAUAAUCAGUUUUCCAGUAGUCAUAUCAGAUUAAGCUUUGUUUUCGAUGUGUGAGCAAGAAUGAUAAUGAUCGGUUUUUUGCUUAGUCAGACUAGUAGAUAGUCUGACAGGUGCUCGAUGAGUUAUACGUUCUCCUUCCCUUAUUACUAUUGUGAUUGUUGUUAGUUUUUGGUGUGGAAAUAUACUUAUGUUCUAGUCAGGCUAGUCACAUGUUCUUGAUCUGAGUUGUGUUGAAGUCUUGUAGAAUAGACAUUGGGAGAGCAUCUAGUGUCGAUAUACGUCUAAGGCAAGUUAGCGUCCCAUUCAUGUAGACGAGGAAAGCAGCCUUAUAACACUUUCUCAUACUAGCCAUACAUUACACUGAUAAAAAAUCUCCCUGAACAACCUAAGGCAGAUAAACAGGCGUUCGUUAGUAGUAUAUCUCUUCAAUUCGUCACACUUUAAAACAAUACUGAGAAGAAUCCAACACUCAAAGAGAGAUACUAAAAUAAAACAAAGCAUGUUAGCAUUUAAUAAUAGUCUAGUGAAAUUUAUGAAUGUUUUUUUCAUUGUACAAGGCUAUCCCAAUGUACCUUGGUUUCAGGUUAUCCAGCACAUGGUGUUCAACAUUAUGUUAAUUCGCGUUAGGGAAAGUAUCUCCACAUAGAACAGACUAGCAGGAUACAUUGCUAUCGAUUACCAUUAUGUCAUUUUUCGAUCGACGAUAAUUUCGAGAAAUUUUCACUGAGUCCAUCAUUAGCGAUUGAUAGUGUUUUAUUGUAUUUACCAUUUAAAGUUACUAUGUACCUAUUGGUUGUAUGUACUACUUAAUGUUUCAUCCUUAAUGUAAACUCGAUCACAAAUCAUUUGCAUAGCCAAAAUUCACUACAUGUUUUGUACGUGAAACUGGCAAAAUACAAAACUCUGGUAUCAAUCGCCACUAGUCUCAGCUUUUCAAUUCAGUUUUAAAUGAAACAAAUUAUCGAAUUAGGCUGAAAUUUAAACACUAAACAACUAAUAAUUUUUCCAUACAUAGAUGAAUGUAAAUGGAUUUCUUCAAACUUUAUUCUUACAGAAAUAUAUUCUAAUAGGGCAAAUCACAUUCUUUCCAAACGAUAUUAUACUAACCAUACCAUUGUAGUAGUGAUGGUUUGUCUUUUCUUUUUUUCUCACAUUCACUGCCAAAAUCUGUGACUGUCACCAUCCAGUUGACAUCUCAUAAUGCCUAUCUAGCACAUUAUUUAGGUACAGAAUCAUUUAGUUUUCAACCACUCUCUGGGUUUAUAGUUUAAAACCAACUUUUUCAGUAUAAGCAAGCUAAAUUCAAGUAGGCAAGUACACACUUGAGAGGUGAAUUAGAUUGAUUAACUCAGUAUGUUAUAUAAGUACGAUCAAUGAAAGUCCAUCAGUUUGCUUCAUUUUAAAAUUUUAGGAUGCAUAGCUUAAUAAACUCGAUGGUUGAGGUGUUUAAAAAAAAUAAUUCUUAACCGUACUCACUAAAUUGAUGUACUUCUCUGGAAACUGUCGUGACCUUUUUUUCAUGAAUAUGAUGCUAGGAGUUUUGCUCUUUAUUUCUAUUCUCUAAUAUCGACACCGAGUCGCAAUUACUUAAUGGUUAAAAGGUUGGAUCCUUAGCCCCCACCUAAUUCGGUUUGGGCAGCCGGGUAUCAUUACCCGUCACAUUGCAAACGUGGUUCCUACCUAACUACCUGGGGAAUGAAUUUAUGUAACUAAAUUUAAUAUGAAUACCCAUUACCGGCUGAAUAUUGUCGUCUUUCUACUCGAUUUAAAGCUGUAUUUACCACGAAAUUUAUGGGUAAAAAAUAGUUAUGCAAGUGUGUAAACACUUCUACUAGAUAUCUCACUUCAGUUAAGGACUAAAAGCUUUCCAUAAUAUUCAACGAGUUAAUAAUGCAUCAGAAUCACUAAAUUGAUAUUUGAUAAUGAAAUCCUAUAUAUUAUAAAGUCAGUUAUCUAAUGAUGUAAGACUUUCGGAUAUGUUAGUAACAAAUUCAACCUUGAAUUCUACUAUUUCGUUUACCUUGAUGUACAUGCUAUUUCUUAUGUUUACUUUUUUUCUAACACUUGGAUGCUGGUUUUUCUUUUCGCUUUUUUCUUUUUUUCUCUCUCAUCUUAAGUUCUAGUCGUUAAUUUACCAACA